AGGACAUAAUGUAGGCUAAUGAAGUGAAACUAAUUCUCUGAGACUGUUUGAGUUCUCUCCUCCUCCCCCGCCGUCCUCGGUGAGGAUGCCCGUUUCCUGGCGAGCCCUCGCCGGUCUCGGCCCUCCUCCUGUGUCGUCACGCCGCUCGUCUACAAAAAGCUUCAUGGAGAAAUAGCGCAAGUCUCGGGUGCUGGGAAGCGGCGAGAGGGCAGCGAAAUGAAAGCCUGGGGUUUGGUAUUCAGGGCGGCGGGCAGCCUGCUCUGCCGGCCGGGCCGGCUGGGCAGCACCGCCGCGCCGCGAAGGGCAGCCGCCGCCUGCGCCUCGGCCAGCGGCAAGACAGAGCAGUCUGGGCCAGACUUUGGCUUGCUGUUCGACAUUGACGGGGUCUUGGUCCGGGGCAGGACCCCCAUCCCAGCAGCCAAGAAAGCUUUCCAAAAGCUGGUGGACUCCAAGGGCCAGUUUGUUGUUCCUGUUGUCUUUGUCACAAACGCUGGGAACUGUCUGCGACAGAAGAAAGCAGAUCAGCUGUCUCACAUACUGGGCGUUCCUAUAUCCCAGGAUCAAGUCAUGAUGUCUCACAGUCCUUUGAAGAUGUUGAGGAAGUAUCAUGACAAGUGUGUGCUGGUGUCAGGACAGGGCCCGGUGCUGGACAUCGCCAAAAACUUGGGCUUUACCAAGGUGGUCAGUAUUGACGAGCUACGAGAAUCCUUCCCCCUGCUGGACAUGGUGGAUCACAACAGACGCCCCAAGCUACCAUCCUCCCCUAUUGUGAACCUCCCUAAAGUUGAAGCUGUGAUUCUCUUUGGGGAGCCUAUUCGAUGGGAGACCAACCUGCAGCUGAUAAUCGAUGUUUUAUUGACCAAUGGGAAUCUGAGUAAUGCGUAUGGAACCUCACACUCCUCUCACCUGCCACUCUUGGCCUGUAACAUGGACCUCAUGUGGAUGGCAGAAGCACAAGCUCCACGAUUCGGUCAUGGCACUUUCAUGGUGUGCCUGGAGAACAUCUACAAGAAGAUCACAGGCAGAGAUCUGAAGUAUGAAGCUCUAAUGGGGAAGCCCAGUGAGCUGACCUAUCAUUAUGCUGAGUAUCUCAUCAGAGAACAGGCUGCUGAGAGAGGCUGGAGGGCACCCAUCAGAUCUCUCUACGCUAUUGGAGACAACCUCAUGACAGACAUCUACGGUGCCAACCUCUACAACCGCUACCUCGAGGAACGGCUGGCCAGAAAGAGCGCCAAAGCUGUGGCGCAAGUGGUGGCUGCUACAGGAGCACCUGCGCCGGUCAGCCAGGAAGUGGACGCGGAAAGCGGCUGGGAGAGUGAGCUGGCCUCCCCUUCGGCCACCUCCUGCAAGUCCAUCCUGGUGUGCACAGGGGUGUACAACCCUCACACGGAGGUGCCUAAAGAUGCGAGCCAGUGCAUCAAGGAGACCGUGUUCCAUGGACACCGCGACUUCCGCUUCGAUCCGGCGCUCGUGGAGCCCGGGAACGUGGUCCAGGACGUGGACGCUGCUGUCGAACUUAUUUUCAAAAUGGAGAAAUUCCCAACGCCCGUUUAGUAAAAUGUUCAUAAUUUCCAGGCCACAUAAACACUUUCAUUCCAUGGUUAUCAUAAAAGAAGGAAAGUCCAGCAAGAAGCACAAUGCAAAACCUUACCCGUCAUAUUUUAGCCUGAUCUCUGUCUGCUGCAUUUGUAUCGCAUCUUACACACAGUAAUUUCAACACGUUUCAAUAAGCUAAGUAGAGGAACUGAAAACCAAUCGAAAACUCACUUAUUAUAGGAGCCAAUGGGCAGAUGCUGCAGAUACAGGUUAAAAACCCCUGGAGCAUUUCUUUAAAAACAUGAAGCCAAAGGUGCUGUGGUUCAUUCAGACCAGACAGUGAAGAAUAUGAAAGACUUAUGAAAGAGAAUACUGUAAUUUGACUGUGCUGCCUAUCCAGAUGACUUUUUGUUGUGUGUUUUUCACCACGUGGACCAUAUUUCCUAUAAUUACAGUUCAUUUACUGCCACAUGGAGUGAUUAUGCUCUAAGUGUUUUUAUGAUACAUUACUGUAAGCUGUAGCUGCCUCAGUUUUAUUCACAGUAGUAAUGUGUGCCUCCUUGCUUAGGGUUAGUGUUAACGUGACCCUUUUAUACUGAUUAAAGGCCAGUUUUACCAUGUCUCUUACACUGUUUAAAGACAGGGGCCGUAGAGUACUGUGCAAAAGUCAGAGACCACCCUUAAUAUAUUUACUUUCCUUUCAAAACAGUUGUUCAUUUUUCAGUGAAUAAUAGUUAAAUAGUAAAAUAUUACAGAGAGGCGUCAACAACUAAAUAUAACUUAUUUUUAGUAUUUAGUAUGUCCACUCUUUAGCCUUAUUACAGCUUCCAUUCUUUUCAGGAGACUCACUUUUAGUUUUUCUGCCAGGAUAUUGUUCCACACCCACAAAGUUCAGCCUUAGAAGCUGGUUUUGCAUUUUCUGCUUCUCACAGUCGAAGUAAUUCCAAACACAUUCAGUGACGUUGAGGUCUGGACUCUGGUCUGGGUCGUCCAUUGUUCUGGGAACACCAUUCAUUUUUCAUUUUUGUCCUUUUCUCAGUGAGUGUGUUUACAUGCACUCAAUAAUCCGAUCAUAAUCAGAUUUCUGCAGUUAUCUGAUUAUUCAAAUGGUCAUGUAUACACCAUACUCCAAUCUUGAAAUCCGAUUAAGGAAUAUGAUAAAGAGAGCUAGAUUUGAGCUCAGUAAUCAGAUUUCUCAGUGUAUGUAAACUCUUACUCUUAUUUCGGAUUUCUCAGUCUGCGCAUGCGUGAGAACAGGCGGUGGUUGUCGCGAGAUGGCAGCAAAACACUUUUGGAGUGGCGCUGAAACCAAACACGAAAUAGAGGAUUUAGAUAUUCUUCAUCUUCUAGAUGAUGUUUGUUCAUAUUUUCAGGUAAAGUGGCGCAAUGUUUAAAAAAGCCGCAGCAUGAAGUUCGAGUUUAUGUCACGUCUUCUUCUGUGAGUUUAUUGGCUGGUUGCAAAGCAGAAAUCCAAUUGUUGUCUGACUCGUACACCCAGUUUGAUCGGAUUAUUUGACAAAAUCUCAUAUUCCGCAGUUAUCGGAUUAUUGAGUGCAUGUAAACGCAUUCAGUGACUCUAUAAGUCAUGUUAUAGUGUUUCCCCUUGGACAGCUACUCAUCCAGUUUUCUCUGUAGCUUUUAAUCUUUUUUUUUAACUCAUGUUGGAAACUUUGACUUUCUUUUUCCGUAGGCGAGUUAUGUGUAUUUAUUUGCUAUUUUUACUGGAGAGUAAAGAAAUGAAGGGUAGUUUCUGACUUUUGCACAGGGUUGUAUGCAGCAGCAUGAAAAGAUUUUUAUUUGAAUCAAAGCACAGUACAUGUAGAUUCAUAUUGCAGGUAGUUUCAAGAGUUUUGAGUUUGUCAGCAUUUUGCCAAUAGAUAUUUGUCAAUUAUUGAUUUUUUUCCAAGCAGUUCUGUAGAGGCACUGUGAGAACAUUCUUCCAGUCCAUUCACUUGUGUAUAUUUAUGUGUUAUUUGGUUAGUUUUAUUUGACAUAAAAGAUGUUACUGGUAAAUGUUUACUAAAGUAAUGAAACAUUAGCACACUAAAACAAACCACACAAACACGAGAGAUUUUCAACAGUAACUCAUAAACAGGUCAGUUUUUGUGUUUUACUUAAAUCUGCUUAGCUCGUACACUUAAUUUUGCAUUAUUGUUAUUUCCAAAUUUAACAGAUAAUUUUACUUUUUAAACUGUUUCUUCAAUGUUCUGGUAGGAAAAUAUUACUACUUAAUUUGCCUGCGUCAUGUCACACCUGCAUUUGGUCGAGAGAUUUCUGUUCAGAAGUAGAUACACACCACAUAAAACAGACAUGGGGUGUCAACAUGAUGAGUGAUGUACUGUAAAGCUUUUUAUAUUUUAAAGUUCAUUUAUUGUAAUGUGCACUAACGGUAUCACUUGUGCCAUUUUAAUUCAUUUUGACAAGGUAUUGGAAUUGGCUCACGUGAACAGUGUGAACAUACAAGAGUGUACCACUGAAAUAUUAUGGUCUCACUUUCUUUUACAGUGCCUUAACUAUGAUUUAAGCAGGUAAAUAGACUUAAAAACCUUUUCAAUUCUACUGCUUACAGUAACCUGAAAAAUCUUAUAUUUGAAUUCUUAUAUUUGAAUUCUGCAUGAAUUCAAAGCACACUACUCAAACCACUGAGCUGACCUCAUUUCUAGGUAAUAAAGGCAUAAAAAAGAAAGUGCAACCAUCGUAACAGAGAACUGCAUGUAUAAUGUAUUUAUUUUCUCUUAACAACUUUAGAGUUACUCUUUAGAGUUAUUCAAAGCAGUAAAGUGUUAAUAAAAGAGUAUUUCAUUGAG